UCACGGACUUCUAGUGGAUGCCCAUUCCCUUGACCGGACGAUUGCCGAAUCCGCAUUGCAACGUGCUUAUGGCACAAUUGCGGGACUACUUGCACACUGCAGUACCAGCUCCGUUGAUGGACGCCGGAGCAGAGGUUGUCGACCUUCACGCUGACAUCGCGAAGAUCGACCGCGAGUUCAAGACGCAACGGUACGACGACAUCGACGCACCAUUGCUAUAUGUACGCAUUCAGAUCGGAGAGGCGACCUGCAGUGCCUUGAUCGAUUGCGGAGCAUCUCGCAACAACAUCAGCCAGGACUUCAUGGUACGCGCCGACCUUGGCCCACGUGUCCGGAGGAAGUCCCAGCCUACGCAAGUCACUCUGGCAGACGGUCAUACGCACAAGUCCAUUGACCGGUGCAUUGACGCCGUCCCAGUGUACUUUGCCCCUCACGCAAGUGAGGCGGUGUCCUUUGACAUUCUGGACACCAAAUUCGACAUGAUCUUGGGCAUGUCAUGGCUGCGAAGCGAGGAUCACCCGGUGAACUUCUUCCACCGCACCGUUCACAUCCGUGAUCGAAACGGAGUACUAGUUCCAUGCAUGGUGCCUCUUCCUCAUCCUUCGAUCAGCUACCACGCGGUAUCCGCCACAAGCAUGCGAGCUUCCAUCAUCAGAGACGACAUCAAGGAGAUGGGGGUGUGUUUUCUCCACGCCCUCCCGCCCCAUGAUGCUUCAUCGACGGACUCACCUUCGGAUCAACGCAUCACCGAACUUCUCGACGCCUACAGCGACGUGUUCGAAGGCCCGCACGRAGUAGUACCGGAUCGACCCAUCCGCCACGAGAUCAUCCUCGAGGACGGGGCCGUACCUCUGUGCGGUUGCAUCUACCGAAUGAGCGAGGAAGAGUUAAGUGUGCUUCGGGCACAACUCGACGACCUUCUAGAGAAAGGCUGGAUUCGGCCUAGCUCAUCGCCAUAUGGUGCUCCUGUUCUCUUCAUCCGGAAGAAGAACAAGGACCCGCGAUUGUGCAUCGAUUAUCCCAAGCUCAACGCGCAGACGAUAAGGAACGCCGACCGUCUCCCACGCAUCGACGACCUUCUCGAGCGAUUGGGCGUCGCCCAGUUCUUCUCUAAGCUGGAUCUCAAGUCAGGGUACCACCAACUCGAGAUUCAAAAGGCGGAUUGCUACAAGACCGCGUUCAAGACACGCCGGAGUUUGGACGAGCAUGUGGAACACAUGCGCACCGUUUUGGAGCGGCUACGACAAGCCAAGUACAAAGCAAACCGCAACAAGUGCGAGUUCGCACAACAGGAGCUGGAGUACUUGGGACACUAUGUGACGCCGCAAGGCAUCCGUCCGCUUGCGGACAAGAUCGAGGCCCUACGAGUAUGGCCCGAGCCCACGAACACCACGGACGUUCGUUCAUUCAUGGGGUUGGCGGGCUACUAUCAGCGAUUCAUCACCGGAUACUCUAGGAUUGCUGCACCUAUGACGAGGUUACAGUCGCCAAAGGUGCCAUUCGUAUUCGAUGACGACGCACGCCGGUCAUUCCAAGCACGUAAGACGGCUAUGCUUAUGGCACCCGUCCUUACUAGCAUCUAUGACCCCACCCUGCCGACGCGAGUGACUACGAACGCUUCCGGCUAUGGCAUUGGGGCAAUCUUGGAACAACACGACGGCGACGACUGGCACCCUGUAGAGUAUUUCAGCCACAAAGUGCCUCUCAUCAACUCGCUUGAUGAUGCAAGGAAGAAGGAGCUGCUCGCAUUCGUGAUGACUCUCAAGCGCUGGCGACACUUCCUCCUUGGGCGUCGUAGGUUCACAUGGGUCACAGACAACAAUCCAUUGACCUACUACAAGACGCAGGACACGGUGAGCAGCACGAUCGGACGAUGGAUGUACUUCAUCGACCAAUUUGACUUCAGACCGAAACAUGUCCCCGACCUCUCCAAUCGCGUAGCAGAUGCACUCUCGCGAAGACCAGAUCUUUGCGCUAAGAUACAUCAUGCCUUCGCAUUCGACGAGGAGCUUCAACGACACUUCAUCCGGGCAUAUCAGUCUGAUCCGAACUUCGACACACUCUAUGCACAGCUAUCUUCGGAUCACCCGCCGGCCAGCCAUUUCCGCAUUGCCGACGGGUACUUGCUCCUCCACUCGAGAGGCAAGGACUUACUAUGUGUCCCACGCGAUCGUCGUCUUCGGACUCGCCUCCUCGGCGAGUAUCAUGAUUCACGACUCGCCGGCCAUUUCGGAGUCAACCGCACUAUUGCACGGCCUCGACACGGAUUCCGAUGGUCCGACCUCAUUACCGAUGUCACUCGGUAUUGCGACUCUUGCGAAGUUUGCCGACGCAGCAAGCCCCGCAACCGCAAUCCCUACGGCGAGUUACACCCGAUGCCUAUCCCACGGGAACCCGGUCUCUCUAUCGCCAUGGACGUCACCGGUCCGUUUCCUCGCGAUCCCCUCGGGCACGACGACAUCCUCACGGUUGUGGACCGAUUGAACGGCCAGACGGAGCGGGCACAUCAAACCGCUCAAAUGAUGCUUCGUACGCUCAUCCGUCCGGACCAGAAAGAUUGGGUUGACCGCCUCCCCGACAUCGAGUUCGCCUACAACACUUCGGUGCAUCCGGCGAUCGGCGUGACUCCAUUCGAGUUGCACCACGGUGGACGGAAAGGCCGGAUCUUUGCCGACCUUCUCCUCCCCCGACCAGCCGACAUUGACGCUGCCUGCUCUCCCGCUUCCGUCCGGAAGUACAGGGAAUUGCUGACUCAAGCCAACGCAAAUAUGCAAAAGGCUCAAGUCCGCAUGCAGCAGCAAGCCAACAGGCGUCACGUACCAUGUCCCAUCCGUGCCGGUGAUCUGGUUUGGGUCUCCGCGGAAGAGUUUGCACUGGAACAGGAUGUUUCACGCAAACUGCUUCCCAAGUGGUUUGGACCUUGGUCGGCGACAGCAGCCGCGGGCGAUGAGCCCGAUGACCCUUCAUUUGUGAUCAACAUUCCAGAUCAUCUGACGGUCCAUCCGGUCUUCCACGCCUCGAAGCUGGCAACAUACACGCCAACCAAGAGCGACGACUUCCUGGACCGACGAUCGCAGGACCCUCCUUCUAUGGAUGGCCAUCAGGAAGUUGACCGCGUCAUCUCCGAUCGCAAGUACGGCAGCAAGCUGCGGCAGUACAAAGUCACAUUCAAAGCAUGCGAUCGCGACGACACUCGGUGGAUUUCAGGCGCAGAUUUGAAAGCAUCCGCACCGCUGAUCUACGCGCAUUAUGAAAAGCGGAGUGGGUCUCGGGCGAGGCCUUGUGUCUUCCUUUCUGGGGAUAGAUUCGCACACUCCAAAUAGAGGUCAAGUUGGGUGUAAAAUAAAACGAUUAUUGCAGCGGAUGGGGGUUCGGACUGACCCAUGUGGCUGAAUGGAACAUUCAUGGACUGUUGAUAAAUAGCCCCGAAAAGA